AUGGACGAACAAGUAUGGGCUCGUGACCAUACAGAAGGAUUUGUCCUGGGUCGUAUCACGGAAAUCACCAACGAUGGAGCUGAAGUCGUUCCAGUGGAUCCCAAGUAUUCCAGAAGGGUUUUGUCCUUUAGCGAUAUUUUUAGGGCCAAUGUUGAGAGAGAUAGGGAAUACGAUGAUAAUUGUGAAAUGAUGUUUCUCAAUGAAGGUUCCUUGCUACACAACAUUCGUACAAGAUAUUACAAAAACAAAAUUUAUUCCUAUGUUGCCAAUAUUCUCAUAGCAGUCAACCCCUACAAAGAUAUUCCAGAACUUUAUUCUAGCAAAACGAUCCGAACCUAUCAAGGCAAAUCUUUGGGAGAAAUGCCUCCUCACGUUUUCGCCAUAGCUGACAAGGGCUUCAGGGACAUGAAAGUUUUCAAACAGUCUCAAUCUAUUAUUGUUUCCGGCGAAUCUGGAGCAGGAAAGACUGAAUCCACCAAGCACCUGCUGAAAUUCCUAUGCGAAGGCGGAGCAGCUGGGCCCAUAGAACAAAAAAUUUUAGAUGCAAAUCCUGUUUUGGAGGCCUUCGGCAAUGCUAAAACUACUAGAAAUAAUAACAGUUCGAGAUUUGGAAAAUUCAUUGAAGUGCAUUUUGAUAAGAAAUUCCAAGUAGCCGGAGGCUUCAUUUCCCAUUAUUUGUUGGAAAAAAGUCGUAUUUGUUCUCCUUUGGGAGAAGAAAGGAGCUAUCACAUAUUUUACAUGCUUAUGGCUGGAGCUCCCGAAGGAUUAAGACAAAAACUAUUCCUCACUAAACCUGAUGAUUAUAAUUACCUCAAACACGGUUGUACAAGAUAUUUUACAAAACCUGCCACAGAUAAAGCCCUUAGUGCAGCUCAAAAGAGUGCAGCCCAAGUCAAACAGGGUUCUCUAAGAGAUAUUCUUAUUGAUGACAUUGAAGAUUUUAAAGAACUAGAUCUUGCUCUUGCUCGGCUAGGCAUGUCUGAUAUUGAAAGAACACAAAUUUAUACUACUGUAGCUGCUGUUUUACAUUUGGGUAAUAUAGAAUUUGAAGAUAACCCUGAAGAUACUCGAGGAGGUUGUAGGGUAGCACGUAGCGGCGAAAAGUCUUUGGUAAUUGCCUCAAAAUUACUAGAAAUUGACCCAGAAGAACUAAGACAAGCUUUAGUUUCUAGAGUUAUGCAAAGCGCCAGGGGCGGCUUUAAAGGGACAGUAAUAAUGGUUCCUCUAAAAAUCCAUGAAGCUAACAAUGCAAGAGAUGCCCUUGCCAAAGCCAUCUACAGCAAUCUAUUUGAUUUUAUUGUUAGUCGCAUAAAUCAAAGUAUUCCUUUCCAAGCUUCUAGUUAUUAUAUAGGUGUAUUGGAUAUUGCUGGAUUUGAAUUUUUCACAGUCAAUAGUUUUGAGCAAUUUUGCAUAAACUACUGCAACGAAAAAUUGCAGCAAUUUUUCAACGAGCGCAUAUUAAAAUUCGAACAAGAAUUGUAUAAGCGCGAGGGCCUUAGCGUGCCGGAAAUUACAUUCACGGACAAUCAAGAUUGUAUCGAUGUGAUAGAAGCUAAAAACCAAGGAAUUUUAACGUUGUUGGACGAAGAAUCUAAAUUGCCCAAACCGUCUUAUGCGCAUUUCACUGAGGAAGUGCAUAAAAUCUGGGGGAAAAAUUAUAGAUUAGGCUUGCCAAGAUCCUCAAAACUCAAAGCCCACCGCAGCAUUCGGGACGAUGAAGGUUUCCUUGUUAGACAUUUUGCUGGAGCUGUUUGUUAUCAAACGAAACAAUUUAUCGACAAAAACAAUGACGCUCUCCACGCCUCACUCGAAGGCAUUAUCCAGGACAGCAAAAAUAAACUCAUCCAAACUUUAUUUGCAACUUCGAUGGCCCAAAAAGGCAAACUGACGUUUAUUAGUGUAGGGAAUAAAUUUAAAACGCAGCUCCAAGAACUCAUGGAAAAAUUAAGAAAUAAUGGAACUAAUUUUAUUCGUUGUAUUAAACCUAAUAAUAAAAUGGUAGAUCAGCAGUUUGAUGGCAGUUUGAGCUUAAUGCAGCUUACUUGUUCAGGUAUGGCUUCUGUACUAGAACUCAUGGAACACGGUUUUCCUAGCAGAACACCCUUUGCCGAUCUACACUCUAUGUACAAAGAUUAUUUGCCUAAAGAACUCAAACAACUAGCACCCAAAACUUUCUGUGAAGCAAUGUUGCACAGUCUAAAACUCCAAGAGAAAGAUUUCAAGUUUGGCAUAACCAGAGUAUUUUUCCGCCCUGGCAAGUUUGCGGAAUUUGAUAAAAUCAUGCGAUCAGAUCCCGAAAAUCUAAAGUCCAUCGUUGCCAAUGUUAAAAAAUGGUUGGUCAAAUCUCGAUGGAUAAAGGCUCAAUUCUGUGCCUUGACUGUUAUAAAAAUGAAAAACAAAAUCAUCUACAGACGCAAGGCUUUGAUAACAAUGCAAAAGCAUGUCAGAGGUUAUUUGGUUAAAAAGAAGUAUGGAGCAAGGAUAAAAGCUGUUAAAAAUAUUCGUGCCCUUGAUGCCAAGUUGAAGCGGUUAGAAUCUAUUGCUCAGCAGCUAAAAAAGGAUAAAGAUGUUACCUCUAAUGGCAUUAAUCAGUUGAAAUCGGAACUUAAUUCAGCUAUAGAUAGAAUUAAAAAAGAUGACAAGAUGGAUAAUAAGACUGUUGAAAACCUAUACAACGGAUUAGUAUUGAAGAUUAAUCAAAAUAUGGCAGGAUUAGAAAAGAAAGUACAAGAGCAAAAGAUUAGGGAAGAACAAGAAAGAUUGCGUAAAAUCCAAGAAGAAAUGGACAAGGAGAAACGUAAGAAAGAAGAGGAAGAACGAAGGGUAAUGGAAGAUAACGAGAACAGGAAAAAGAAGGCUGAAAUUGAGGCCAAAAGAAAGUUGGAAGAAGAAACAAGGAUUAAACAGGAGGAAGCAGACAGGAAAAUUGCAUUGGAACUGCAAACUCAACAAGCAAAGAUGGAGCAAGAAGAACGCCUGUUCCAAGAGCAAAUGGAACAGGAAAGGCAAGAUCGAGAGCUGGCUCUUAGAUUGGCGCAAGAGAGUAACGGCCAAAUUGAAGAGAGUCCUAUGUUGGUUAGAAAUGGAAUCAACGGAGUGGACUCUCAACGAUCUUCGUUUAUACUUAACAGAUCGGAAGCUGUCAGAUCGCAACAAGCCCAAGCAAAAGGAAAAUACGACUUGUCCAAGUGGAAGUAUUCAGAGCUUCGUGAUACAAUCAACACUUCAUGCGAUAUUGAACUUUUAGAGGCUUGUAGGCAUGAAUUCCAUCGCAGGUUGAAGGUAUAUCAUGCCUGGAAAGCAAAGAACAAGAAGAGGACUGUUAUGGAUGAGAAUGAAAGGGCACCAAGAUCGGUAUUGGAAUCUGCGCAAAAGACACCAAGGUUGCCGCAAAAAGCAAUUCUAGAUAACAACUCGCAGCGCUACUUCAGAAUUCCGUUCCAAAGGCCUGGAGGGGACGCCAACAAACGGGGUUGGUGGUAUGCCCAUUUCGAUGGGCAAUAUGUCGCCAGGCAAAUGGAAUUGCACCCGGAUAAGCAACCUAUAUUGCUUGUAGCUGGAAAAGAUGAUAUGCAGAUGUGCGAGUUAUCCUUAGAGGAGACUGGAUUAACUCGUAAACGAGGCGCGGAAAUUCUGGAAAACGAAUUCAACAAGGAGUGGGAGAAAAACGGCGGAAAAAUCUAUGUCAGACCUGCAGACAGGAAAUAG